CGCCCUCUCACGUCUGCUAACCGAGAGGUGUCUGUUAUUUGGAUUUCCCCACGAGCUUGACCUAUGAACGCGACCUCUUUUGGCAUCUUUUGACCUUAUGUGUGGCCAAGAAUACUCGUAAAAGAUGUCACGCUCGCCAAGGACCACUCGAUACGAGCUCCGCUCAAGAAAGAAUUCUCCUGAUGGGAAGCCUCAAAAUAAAAGGAAGCAUCAGAGACCUUUCCAAGCAGUCUGUCAGAGAGUUCAGACACAGAAGAUAUUACUACUGAUGAGAAAAAGACACAAGAAACCAAGUCUUGGGACAUUGCAGCAGAUGACAGUCAGCCAGAGAGUUCUGACUUCGAAGAUAUUGCUAGUGAUGAUGAAGAGACAAAAGAAAUCAAGUCUUCGGACAUCGAAGCUGAUGAAACAGAUGCUGGGAUUUCCGGUGCUUCUGCUAGAAAUGUCACUGUUACAGAUAACAGUAAAGACAGUCGUACAGAUAAAUUAAAGGCUGAGAUGAAAUGUGACAGUAAGGAGAUAUAUGAAAGGAGGAAGAAUACAGGAAAACAGAGUAUUCCUACUCCUACUUUACUUCAGAUAUUCAUAUUUCUUGCAAUCGGUAUUUCGUUGGUGGUGAAGUUUCGUUGUGGCACUGAUGUGGUAAGUUUUCCCCCCACUUGCAACCAGAAUGUUCAAUCCAAUGAGAGGCCAGUGGCAUAUCGUUUGGAAAACUUGACGACUGAAUUAGAGCAUGUAAAGGCCAAGUAUCAAACCUUAGAUGACACUUUCUGGGAUGUGAUUGUAGGAUCAUCGUGGGGUCACAUACAAGGGAAUGGAACAAUCAAGCAACCAGUGGUCUUACUCCUCGUAGGACAACCCAAGUCAUCUAUCCUAGAUGUAGUUGCAAAGGAUGUGGCUAGAUUGUACUCCAACGUGUUUACAAUGAGAGAUGACAGCAUUAUAGACAUUGAUGGUGGCUGGCAAGCCAUGAAAGAAGCAGAUCAAGCCAAGCUGGACAUGGACAACGACCUCGAGAAUGGCUUCAACAAUGGAAGAAAAGUUGUCCUCCUUCGUCAGUUUGACAAGCUACCACCAUGUUCUAUCAUGCUCUUCCACAGCUACUGCGACAAUGAAAAUGCUCCACACAAAGAUGCUGUCAUUAUAUUCACCGUAGAACUUGAGACGACAGUGUCUAGUAUAGCCCAAAGUAUAGAGGAACUGGUUCAAGAGCAUCUGGGAAGCAUUUGGGCACAAUGCCCAGAAGAAUUGCUGCAAGACAAAAUCAUGGCAAUGCACAGCAGAGUGUCAAAUAACAUUGCAUUUGUUAAGUAAAAUGGACCAUCAUCUCUUUCUUUUGUUGACAUUACUCUGUUUAAUACUUGUGCUUGGUCUUCUGGAAUUAAAGCAAUCCAACUUUUGUAACAAGUUUAGUUAAACUACAUGUGCACGUGAAAGCAGAUAGAUCAGAAAAGGGGUUGAUGAAAUGUUGGAAACUGAACAAACCUUAAGAACGGUAUGAAAUUAUGAAUGAUAGCAUGUCAAGAUCAAUUCUUAACCAUGUGAAUCUUAGCAAUGAAAUAUUUAGAGAAUGAUCAUUUGUAUGAGAGAGUAUACUGGAGAGUAACAUUAGGUUUGUUAUAAUGAUUUAAAAGUUCUUGUAUCACAUCCAAAAGGAAUAUUUACCUGUAACAGUUUCGAUGUCUAGAGUUCAGAUAUGUCUACCUCAGACAUGAAUUGGCAGACUGAAGUAAGCCGCCACUUUUCCUAUCACCAGUGAUUGUCCUUUUGGAUGUGAUACAAAACUUUCAAAUCAUUGCAACCAACUAUUGAGAGUUGUCCAACAUAACAUGACAGUGACAUUACAAAAUUGUCAGUUUUAAAUUCCCAGAUGUACAUUUGUAUAUUAUUUUUAAACAUUUAUAUUUUUUAUUUACCUGGGUGUGCAAACUGUCACUUGUGUGUUUCUCUGAUUUUUUUUCUUCCCUUCAGAACAACUCGCUGUUCAGGUUGGAUUUUUUUCUGUAACUUGAGAAAAUACAGAUCUUCUGCAAUGAGGAUUACCGGUAUAGUUUAAAACGAUUUCACAUAAUUUUAGUAAGCAAUAGAAAGAGUGCAUUAAUGAAAGAGCGUAGAAAUAAUUAUCAGGACUGCACCGUGUUUACUUGUCAUUUACCCAGUAAUAUUACUUGUACAUGGAUGUACUUAAAUUCAUACCAAACUUUUAAAAAUACUUUGAAGUCUUGAAUGUAAUGCAAAUAUACAACUGUUGUUCUUUUUUUAAACUUCCAUUAGUUUGUAUGUGUUUUACAAAUUCAAUAGACAUACAUGUGUAGUAUGUGUGGCUUAUUGUUUUCUGCUUUACUGUACCUUUAAAAAUGAGGGUGCUCUUUUUAGGCAAUCAAUUUGUAAUUGAUUUCUUUCUUUUAUAUGUAUUACCGGUAGUGUUCUUAUGAUCAGCUUAAUCUGAAAAGUAUGUACCUACAAACAAUAUUCCAAUCUGAAAUACAUGUACAUCUUUUGUUUUAAACUGAUCAAUUAUUAUGUUUGUCUAAUAUAGAGAUGAUGGCUUACUUUUAAUGAUGUCCACUUGAAACUUGCAAAUGGAAUCAUCUACCAAUAUUCUGAUAUAUCAUUGAUUUGUAUAGAAGCCCACCAAUGACGAAUGGGAAAUAAACAUAAACGUACAAUCCUUUGACUUUGUAUGUUUUGAAGUUGGUUGCAUGUCUAGAAGAUGUAGAAGUAGUAUUUUUACAAUUACCUCACAAUCUAAAAAAAAAAAGGAAAUACAUGUGCUAUUUCAGAUACUAUACAUCCAUGUAUUGGCAAUUUUGAUGAAAUUUCAUUUAAUGAAAUUGUAUAUAAUUCUAGGUAUCUUUUAUAAUUCAAGAACUUCAGAGUUCAGAUGAACAUUAUUUUUUUCUCCACAUUUUUCAAAGCCUGAUCAAGUCUUACAAAUGCAUGACAUGCAGUCUAUAGUGCAUCAGACGCUUUAUGAAGAUGAAGCAAAGAAGACACAUUGAAACACUUCACUAUUCACUAUUAACAAAAAAAGGUUAAAAUACACUGUACUUGUAUUUUGUAAAUAAGUUGUGUGUACUGUAAAAAAAAAUUGUCAGUAGAACAUUCAUAGUACAUACUGGUACACAACCCUUAGAAAAUGAUUUUGGCUUUUAAGUGAGAUCACUCUAUGCUCUUUAAUCUGUUGCCAUUUGAAUGUCUCAUACUAUUUUUUUUUUUUUUGGGGGGGGGGGGGAGGUGGUUAAGGCAAUGAUGUGUAGUUUUUAGUUUGUUAAUGGUCCCCUUUACAAAUGAAACAACCCUUGUUGAAAACUUGAAAUACAGAAAAUAAUCUGAUGAAGUGCUUCUGAUAUAGUAGAGCCAUCAAAUAUGAAAUAUAUGAAAUAUAAUUUGCUGAAAAAUAUAAUACUCCAUCAUGUUGUUGUACACCAA